GGGAAGGAAGAAAUCAGAAAUGGAGACCAAAGUGGUGAAGUCGAGGUUCAAACGGGUCUGUGUCUUUUGUGGGAGUAGUACUGGCAAUAGGAACUGCUAUCGAGAUGCUGCCCUCGAAUUAGGCGAAGAGCUUGUUUCACGGAGACUGAAUCUUGUUUAUGGUGGUGGGAGUGUUGGGUUGAUGGGCUUAGUCUCUCAAGCUGUACACCAUGGGGGCGGCCAUGUUCUUGGGAUCAUUCCCAAGACUCUCAUGUGUAAAGAGAUAACUGGAGAAACAGUGGGGGAGGUGAAACCUGUAGCCGACAUGCACCAAAGGAAAGCAGAGAUGGCCCGCCAUUCUGAUUGUUUUAUUGCCUUACCAGGUUCCUCUGUCUUCAACACCAGAAAGCAAAAUAUAUAUACCAUAAAAAGAACAAUUUUUCUAACUUCUCCCUUUCCUCAUUAUAAAUGUUGGACAGGUGGGUAUGGAACCCUUGAAGAGCUGCUGGAGGUGAUAACCUGGGCUCAACUUGGCAUCCAUGACAAGCCUGUGGGUUUGCUGAAUGUGGAUGGAUACUACAAUUACCUACUCACCUUCAUCGAUAAAGCAGUAGAUGAUGGUUUCAUAAAGCCUUGUCAGAGGCAGAUAAUCGUCUCUGCUCCAACCGCAAAGGAACUUGUUCAGAAACUUGAGGAUUAUGUGCCUGUGCACGAUGGAGUAGUAGCAAAGGCGAGGUGGGAGGUUGAGCAGGUGGAGUUUAAUGUGUCCCUGAAGGCUGAGGUUGCUCUCUAGUUAG